UGCACUUAUUUUUUGUCACACUAAUACACUGUAAUAUAGAUGAUUGAUAUGAAUAUUCCUGUGAUAUUAGUGGUUGGGACUUGCUGCUUGCUAGGGUCUGCGGAAAAAGAUCUUCUCUCACUGAGAUCUAUUGUGUCUGAGGAAUACUACAAAGUUGUCAAAUUUAGCAAAUUGGUAGACCAGUCCAAUAAUAAUAUUGAGGGAAAGUUGUCGGACUUCCCUUUUCAGAACACGUCAUUAUCUUUUAAUGAAAGGGUGGAUGACCUGGUGAAUCGAUUAACACUUGAUGAACUUGUGGAACAACUUUCUAUGGGAGGAGCAAACAUCGAUGGACCUGCUCCAGCGAUAUCUCAUCUCAAUGUAAAACCUUAUCAAUGGAAUACAGAAUGUUUACGUGGUUAUGCUUUUGCAGAUGAUGCAACUUGCUUCCCGUCACCAAUCGGUUUGGCAGCAACUUUUGAUCCAUCAUUGAUUGAAAACAUGGCAAGAGCAGUCAGUUGGGAAGCAAGAGCUAAAGUGAAUAACUUCGAAUCACAUGGAAAAUAUGAAGAUCAUACUGGGUUAAGUUGUUUUUCUCCUGUCAUCAAUAUUAUGAGGCAUCCACUCUGGGGACGGAACCAGGAAACAUAUGGUGAAGAUCCAUUUCUGACUGGAAUAUUUGCCAAGCAUUAUGUUGAAGGUUUGCAAGGUUACAAUGACAGAUAUGCUGCAGCAACUGCAGUAUGCAAACAUUUCGAUGUACACGGUGGACCUGAAAAUAAUCCAAACAGAUUUGGUUUCAAUGCAGUUGUCUCUGAUAGAGAUUGGCAAAUGACUCAUUUACCUGCUUUCCGAGCUUGUAUCGAAGCAGGAGCUUAUGGUGUUAUGUGCAGUUAUAAUGCAAUCAAUGGAGUCCCAGCAUGUGCUAACAAGAAGUUAUUGACAGACAUCCUUCGAAAAGAACUUGGCUUCACUGGAUAUGUUGUCAGUGAUGAAGGAGCAAUUGAACACAUUGAUUUGUUUUUUAAUUACACAAGUAAUUCAACAGAAACUGCCAUAGCUGCCAUAACAGCAGGAGUAAAUCUUGAAUUAACCUAUGUUGGGCCGCUCAAUCGAUUUUUCAAGUUAAAAAAUGCGGUUGACCAAAAAAUGAUCGAUGAAGAUUUGCUGAGAGAAAGAGCCAAACCACUUUUCUAUACAAGAUUUAAAUUGGGUCAAUUUGACCCACCUUCAAUGAAUCCUUAUGCCAAUGUUAGCAUGGAUGUUAUACAGAGUCCAGAACAUCGUGAGUUAGCAUAUACAAUAACUGCGAAAUCAUUUGUUUUAUUAAAAAAUAAUGGAGUUCUUCCGUUAAAAGAAACAUUUGACAGAGUUGCUAUUGUUGGUCCCUUCGCUAAUAACAGCAUUGCCUUGACUGGUGACUAUCCAGCUCAAUUUAGCAUGAUACAUUUUUCAUCUCCUUAUGACGGGAUACAGAAGUUUAGCACAAAUACUGCAACAAUCCUGAAAGGAUGCACUGGUGAUAAAUGGGAUGAAAAACUACCAAAAUGUGCUCAGUAUUCUGAACAAGACAUUAAAACCAAGAUUCCAGGAUCUGAUGUUGUUAUUGUAACAUUGGGGACAGGUGUGGGAGUGGAAGCUGAAGGAAUAGAUCGUACUGGGAUCUCAUUGCCCGGAGAACAACUAAAUCUUUUGAAGUCUGUAGUGCAAUAUGCUGGAAAAAGUGCUCGUAUCAUAGUUCUUUUGUUCAAUGCUGGUCCAUUGGACGUUUCAUGGGCAAAAGAAUCUGCAGAAGUUGAUGCAAUAAUUGCUUGUCAUUUCCCUGCACAAUCUGCUGGUGAAGCAAUUUAUAGGGUGUUAUCAGGACAAGAAAAUCCUGCUGGGAGAUUACCAAACACUUGGCCAAAAUCAUUGGACCAGGUUCCUCCCAUUACAAACUACAGCAUGCACGAAAGAACAUACAGAUAUUCAACGAGUGAACCUUUAUAUUCAUUUGGAUAUGGACUUUCUUACACAACAUUCUUAUACAGAGGUUUAAUUGUUGGAGGAUCUGGAUUUGAUGUUUGUGAUGACGUUGGAAUAUCUGUGUCUCUUACAAACACUGGAAAAUAUUAUGGAGAAGAGGUUGCCCAACUUUAUAUUAAAUGGUUGAAUUCGACUGUAACUACUCCUCAUCUUCAACUUGUUGGAUUUAAGCGCAUUGGUAUAAAACCAGGACAGACAGUUAAUGUACAUUUCACUAUCAAACCAGAACAACGAGCUGUGUGGAUUGAUGAUCUCAUGUUGGAACCUGGUAAAAUGUUUGUAUAUCUCGGUGGACAACAGCCUAGUCAAUCAACUUUAACAUCCUCUGAUGUUCUUACUGAGGAGUUUACAGUUUCCGGCCAAACUAUUCCUUUGAGUAAAUGUUCAUUCAAGACUCCAUAAAAUAUGAAAAUUAAGAUAUGACUUGUGCCAGAUUAUGUAUAAAUACUGGUUUAAUAAAUUUGACCAGGAUUAUAUGUUUAUAAUAAAAUCAUAUUUUGAUCCUUUCAUGUGACUAAUGCUUAUGCUUGAUAUUGCUUUGCUUAUGCUCCUUAUUUCAUGCGGGUAACCAACAAACAACUUCAUUUAGGGGCUUACAAUUGCCCAUAUCCAAAUGGCCUUAUAUUCCUGAUUUUUUUCUAUAUGUUUAUUUGAAUUUAUUCAUUUUAUUUGAAUACUUCUAUGAUGAAAAUACUUAAAUUCAGUAUAUAUGUUCCAACCUUCAUAUAAUAACAAGUAUCUUAUGUUUUACUUAGCAAAAAAAACUUCAGCAUUCUAAGAUGACCGUUCAGCAUUCACCACUAAGCUAUUUUUUAAGUACAUCCUUUUUUAAUACUUAUCUUUUUUGCCACCAACCAGUUGCAUAAUUAAUCAGCAAAAGUUAAUCUAAAAUUUUUUCAAAAGAUGAUAAAAUAUUCAAUCAGUGUUGCAAGUUAUGUAGCUUCUUGGUUUAUUGAUUGCUAUUAAAUCUGCAAAAUCAAUUCAUUGAAAUUCAUGAAUUCAUUGAAAAUAUGGGGAAAAUACUGUAUAAACAUGUUAAAAUCACCAGUCUGACAAAUUUAGUUUAAAUAAUAAUUACACCAAUAAAUUUACAGAUAUUUUAUUUGGAACUGUUAACAUGAAAUCAGAGAUAAGUUUAUUUCGAUUCAAGGUACCGAUAUAUCGUCAAAUUCAAUAUGAUCAUGAAAAACUUCAAACACAUGGUUUACAUAGGUUAGAAUGUGCAGCAAAUUUAUGAGAAGUAAACUUUUGUGUGUUGUUAUUUUUUAGACAUAUAAACCCACUAAACAAAUGUGCCUUUGUGAAUAGUACUGUAGUAAACUAUUUGUAGAAUAAUCGGUUUCUGUACCAUUUUUUUCUAUAAUUCUAUAUAGAAUACAUAUUUCUAUAUGUAUUCACUCUAAAUGCAAAUGAGAUUGUUAUUGUUAAAAUGUUGUGCAAUAAUAUUUGUCAUCUAUAGGAAUAUUAUUCAAUGAUUCAUUGUAUGCAUUCUUAUUCAG